UUUUGCAUUUCUGAAUUCUGCAACACCCGGCGGACGGUGUUUGAUCAUGAGUAUACUGCGUGAACAACUAAAAUAGAUUCGUAUUAUUUUCUGUUGUUGUGACGUAAUAUCAGGACAAGCGAACUUUACACCGAUUCUAAGUUAUAAUAUUUUCUAUCGAAACCCAAGAAUUAUUGUGUAGUGACAAAAAUCACUGUAAUGUUUAAAUUUUUGUCCAAUUCCUUGAUUACGCAGGCCAGCUGUCAAGAGGUGGGGGGCUGGGUAUUUGAAAAGAGCCGAUUCAGAUCGUCUUCGAGAGAUUUUCUUGAAAUAUGCAAGUGUAGAUAAAAAUGGUGAAAAAUAUAUCACCAGUGAAGAUUUUGUCAGGAAAUUCCUUGGACUCUUCAAUGAAGAUGACUACAACAAAGAGUCAGUCCAGCUCAUUGCUGGCAUUGUGGAUAUGGACAAGGAUGGCUUCAUCUCAUUCUCCGAGUUCCAGGCAUUUGAGGGACUAUUAUGUGUUCCCGAUGCACUGUACAAAACUGCCUUUCAACUUUUUGAUACUAAUGGAAAUGGCCUCGUUACAUUUGAUGAGUUUGCUGAUGUCAUGAAAAAGACUGCUUUGUACAAGAAAUUGCCCUUCAAUAUGGAGAGCACUUUCGUACGCCUGUACUUUGGAAAGGACAAGAAGCGCCUAGUAACGUACCCUGAGUUCAGUCAGUUCCUUCACGACUUCCACGAGGAGUAUGGCGUGGAAGCGUUCAAGAAACGCGAUAUCAAUGGCAGCGGAUUCAUCAGCGCUGGAGACUUCAAGGAUAUCAUGCUGUCGGUCAAAAACCACCUUCUCACCAAGGAGAUGAAAACUAAAGUUAUUGAGGCGUCAGGCUUUCCUCAAGGCGAGAGAAAAAUCAGUUUUCCAUAUUAUAUGGCAUUCAAUUCCCUUCUUAACAACAUGGAGCUGAUCAAACGAGUGUACUUGAACGCAACGAACGGACAUCGAACUCAGGAAGUUACGAAAGAGGAGUUUCUUCAUUCAGCACAAAUGAUGAGCCAGGUCACACCCCUAGAAGUAGAUAUACUGUUCACCUUGUGUGACCUGAUACAUAAUAGCAAUGGCCCUACGACAGUACCAACAUCGCUGGUGCAGUCUGACACCAAUCCAACGAGACAUUCAGGACGCAUAGUCUACAACGACUUGAACACGAUAACCCCAGAACAGUACUUCAAGCAAGUGACAAAUCGUGUUGCUGAGAUCAAGGCUGUGUCGAGCCCCGAAGAAAGAAGUGUACUAAUUCAAAUAUUGGAGAGCACCUACAGAUUCACACUCGGUUCAUUUGCCGGUGCUUUGGGAGCUACAGCAGUCUACCCAAUAGAUCUUGUUAAGACCCGUAUGCAGAACCAGCGCACGGGUUCCUUCAUUGGGGAAGUGGCGUAUCGUAACUCCUGGGAUUGCUUCAAGAAGGUCAUCAGGCACGAAGGUUUCUCUGGACUGUACCGAGGUCUAGUUCCUCAGCUGAUCGGGGUCGCUCCAGAGAAAGCUAUAAAGUUGACAGUAAAUGACUUAGUUCGAGACAAAUUUAUGGAUAAGAAUGGAAACCUAACAUUGUACGCUGAAGUUAUUGCCGGAGCUUGUGCUGGUGGUUCGCAAGUAGUGUUUACAAAUCCAUUAGAAAUUGUAAAAAUUCGUCUACAAGUAGCGGGUGAAAUCGCCGGUGCCAGCAAAGUACGGGCUUGGAGUGUCGUCAAAGACCUCGGUCUUUUUGGCCUCUACAAGGGCGCUAAAGCCUGCCUGCUCCGUGAUGUUCCCUUCAGCGCUAUUUACUUCCCUGCGUAUGCGCAUUGCAAGGCUCAUUUCGCUGAUGAGAACGGCUACAACCACCCGUUGACGCUACUCGCGGCGGGAGCUCUUGCGGGCGUGCCCGCUGCCUCGCUCGUUACGCCCGCUGACGUCAUCAAGACACGACUACAGGUGGUAGCUCGUUCGGGUCAGACGACAUAUACCGGAGUUAUUGAUGCAACAAGGAAAAUAUGGGCUGAAGAAGGUGCCAGAGCUUUCUGGAAGGGCGCAGUUGCGCGUGUGUUCCGUUCGUCGCCUCAGUUCGCCGUCACGUUGGUCACGUAUGAAAUAUUACAGCGUCUCUUCUAUGUCGACUUCGGUGGAAGUCGACCAGCCGGUUCUGAGCUAACAGUGGCCACUCCAGUGGAAGAAGCAAAGAAGAAGCCGCAUCACAUCGGAGGUUACCAAGUAGCGACGCCUAUUCUCACCGGCCUAGAGACUAAAUUCGGAAUCUCAUUGCCGAGAUUCUCCUUCCCCAAGGCGCAGUAAAUUCAAAUGAAGUAUUCUUAGCAGUCAAAAUACAUUGGGUCUACCAUGGCAAGUAACAAAAUUUUUUUUCGUGGGGACAUGUGACGCAUACCCCAGUUGGGUUUUAACCCCCUGAAACCCAACGGCGCCACUAGCCCGAGUAAGGACACGGUAACAGUAUAGGCUGUCCGCAUCCCGCCACGCGAUCAGCCGUUGAAAUCACUGCCCCUACGGCCAUAAGGGAGCGUUCAAGUAUUACGUCACGCAAUUUUUGGAGAUUGACCCCCCCCCCAUGUACCGCGCCGUAACGUUUUUCUGUACCUAAUAGUAAAACGUUUCGUGACCACCCAGUUAAAGUUAUUUAUGUGUGAAGUACUGGAAAGUCGAAAAUAAUACUAUUCUAACUACUAAUUCAAACACGCCCCCACCCC